GACUAAAGACAAUUUAAAGACAAAACAGAGUGAUGGCGCUUGUGACACUCCUUUGCUUACCAAUGGCUACCCAAUGUGUGUACGUUCAUGUUGUAUGUUCAUUUACUGACGAUUAAUUUGGUGAAUUUUUCUACGAUUAUGUUCAUAGAUGGAAUCAUCUAAUCACUACUUGUUUUAAAUGGUAAACUAAGUAAAUUACAAAAGGAUUUCUAUGUCAUCAUUGAUUUGGGUUUUCAAGGAGCUCAAAAGCUGUGUAUUAUUUUUGUACGGGAUUUCCAUUUCAAGAUCAUUUCCUGAUCAAAACAAAUGGAUUGGCAGACAGCAACAAAUCAAUUAAACUCUAGCUCUCUUCAAGGAAUGGAAAUGGACCAGAAAAAAAAGACAAACAAAAAUACAAGACAUUCUAGGCAAAGUUGCGACUCACGAUGAAAGCCGAUCAUGAUUAUGAGAAUGAAAAGAGAGGAAUCAAGAUGAACAAUCAUGGAGGGAACAAGAAAAGAGGACAAACAACAGUAAACAUUGUAAAUCAUUGCACACAAGAAUGGUUGUCAUCUUAAAUUACCUUUGAUCAUCGCCAUCAACAAACAGAAGAAUCAGAAAGAAAACAAGAUUUCCAUUGGUCAACCCUCUUUAAUCUUCAGUCCAAUUCAUUUCAACCAUUUUUUUUUCAACCUGUCUAUCAUGAUGAUCAUAAUCAUUGUCCAACAACAACCAGUUAACAUCAUUUCAUCAUAACAUCAACAAUAAAAAAAGAGAUGAAAUCUGAUGAAAAAUGUUUUCAAAAAAAUUUCAUUAUUCUCCUGGUCAUCAUAAUCGGAAGGGAUGAUCUGGCUGCUGUUGAUGGUAAUGAUGGUGAUGGUGAUUAGUAUUAGACAAGGAAUACAAAAAAGAAAGCAAUAAAAACCAUUAAAAAAGAGAUCAAAUUUUUCUUCUUCUCCUUUCAUCUUUAACCUGUGUUUAUUGAUGAUGGCUGUAGGUAAAUUUGAUAAUAAUGAAAGGAAUAAGUUAAUCUCUGAAAACUGGUUCCGCUUUUUUUUGGGUAAAAACUGUUUUCUAAAUCUUGGAAAAAAAAGUCUCUCGUUCAGACACAUUCACAAUCUGUUGAAUGAAUGUGUAUAUGCAUGUGUAUUUUUGUAUGUAUGAAUGAUUCCAGGAGGGAAGAAUGAUGAUGAUAGAAGGAAGAAUGAAAUGAAAGAAAAACUCUCUUGCUCUCUCAUCUUCCUCUUUCUCUCCGCCCUAACCUUAAACCGCUCUCUUUUCAUUAUUAUAUCUCUUCAUAUCUCUUCUCCCACUCUCUUAAAACAUUAGGCCAACAAGCUGUAACCAGUCAACAGUCAGUGUUGAUCAACAACAGCAAAAGCUUACAUUCGUGCUUCAUUUACCUUUCUUUUUUUUGCAUUAUUCCUCAUUUCUCAUUCAUUUACUCUUCAUUCACCUUUGUUCCAACAUCUAUUAUAUUUAUCUUUUUUUUGUGGUUAUCAUCAUCUCUUCAAAACUCACCCUGGUCUAACGUUUUUUUGUCAUCAUCUCUCCAUUAUUCACCAUUCAUUCACCUUUAACUUUUCAUCGUGAUCAGAGUUUUUACUUUUUCUCUUCUUCUUAUUUAGAUUAUUGUUAAUAUUAUUGUAUUAUUAUAUUUUUGUGAAUCUCUCUAUUAAAUUGUAUUUUCAUGUUGUUCGCGCUUACAGUCUUGUUGUUUAACGGACAUCACGAAUGACUUACAAGUUAAACUUUGAACCAAUCAAAAAACGACGCCUUAUUUUAUCUGCAAAAUUUUUAUUCUCUUUCAGCCAUUUUUCAUUUUCAUUUUCUUCUUUUUCCAUUUCACCUUUUAUUCACUUGAAAAGUGUUUUUUUUUGCUAUCUGAUAAAUGCCGCUUCAACCAUUAUUCAUUAUUGAUUUAAUUGUAAGAUUGUUAUAUUGUUAAUGUUUUUUGCCUGUUUUGCUGUUAAUGGUUUGCAUUACAAGUGACGACCAAUCAAUCCAUGGCUUAUCAAAGUAAACUUGCUGUUUCCCCUUCUUAAUCAUCUACAUUUUCAACAUCAACUUUUUGCUUCUCACACUUUUUACCUCUUACUCAUUGGAUCAUCAUCGACUUUGUUAAUCCUCAACAAACCUCAACACUUUCCUUGAUUUGCUUAUUUUUUUUUUGGUUAACAGAAAAAAAAGAUAACAAACGAAAAUUUCUAUGACAACUUCGAGUUUGUUGCUUGAGAAAUAUUGAAAUGGUUUAUUCAACUUUACUUGUGUUGACAGUGCAGUUACCUUCGAGAUUAUGCUUCAGUUUAAUAUUACAAUGGAAGUGACCCAUUCUUUUUCAUACUCGCUUUCUUUCUUUUCUUCUUCUUCCUUUCCCUUUCACCACCACCAACUCAAUUGUAAUCACCAUAAUCAACAUAAUUAUCAUCAUCAUUAUUCUUCUCCUCGUUAUCAUUGGUAAAGUUGAUUUGUGUUUUUCUUCAUUUCUUCCUACCAAUUCACUGGUUCUUGUUUUGCAUCUAUUGAUGACCAUUAACAUCCAUUAUGGAAAUUGAUUUGCUUCAAUGGAGUAUCAUUCUUGUUCUGUCCAUUUCUUUGUGGUUACCUCAAUUGCUGAUUACUGAUGCCUUACAAGUUGAAAAUAACAGCACUGCUUAUUCCUGUGAAGAGAAUGGAACUUUCACUGAUAUUGAAUCAGCGCGUCAACAACCAUGGCCUAAAACAUUUGAGCCUUUUGAUACAACAUCACAAGCUGAAUUUACACCUCUCGUCACAGCAUCUCAUUCGUUGUCAGGAGUAACGCCAAAUUCAACAAAGACUCCUGAUAAAUCAACCACCACCAUUCAAAUUAACCCAACCCCGUCAAUUAUUCGUUUUAUUAUUGCACCAUCACCAUCACUGCCAUCAUCACCUAUGCAAAGUAACCUACAAUCAUCUCAACUUUUGUUAUUUUCAUCCUCAUCUACUAUGGCGCCAACUCCAUCUUUAAAUAGUAUGACAAGCUCAACUUUAAAGCCAGUCACAACUCUUGAACUAAUCAGCAAUAAGCAAAAUGCUGCAUCAACUAUGUCAAUUUUUCAACUCUCUUCUAGUCCAGUUCAAGCGCCUUUUGUUAACACUGAUACUGUCAUUAUGCCACCAUCAUCAUCAUUAUCACCUAAUGUUAAUGACAAUGUUACUUUUCCUUUAAAUUAUAGUCACACGGUUAGUUCUGAUAAACCGACUCACCAUGGUCAUCAACCUUCCGGGUCACAACAAAUUAAUCAUGUGAUAACAACAGCAAUAACACCGACAUUGACAGAUAAUUUACCUGAUGAGUUAUCCAUCAAUCCAAACAAUGGAGCCUUCGAUAACAUCAAAUCAUCGCCAACACUAACAACAAUUGAGGUUUCAACCUCACCAUCUUUAACCAAUCAGCCAAAUACUAGUGAUACAAAUGAAACCAGCGAAAGUCACAUGGGCAUAUCACCUUCUCCAUCAUCUUCCUCUUACUUUCCUGCUCUUUCUGGCACAAUCAGCAUUAUACCAAGUGAUUCAUCCCUGGAUUCAUCAACUACAGAUUUUCCCUUCACAUCCAAUCCAGUCGAUAAUAGUGAAAUUGAUAAUAGCUUUAAUAAUAAUGAAACCAAUAAUCAUGGUGAAAAUUCUCCAAAUCACCAUGGAAUCCCACAAGCUGCAACAUCAAAUUCAACAAAAUGUGAUCCUAGUGAUACUCGGUUCAGUCAACCUGCAACUUCAGGUUUUCUGGUUCGCUCAGUUCUCAAACGAGAUGAAGAUUUACCAUUAAAUGCGGACAAUUUGACAAUCUUUUUUGAAACUCGUCUGGCUGAAGUAUUUACAAAAGCUUAUCAUAAACAAUUUAAUAAAUUAAACGGAGGUUCGGAUGUUAUUAAAAAAGACGUUCACGUUAAGUUAUGGAACUUAUUCUGGAACAAUUCAACCAAUGAUAUCCACAUAAUUUAUCAGAUUGAACAAGAUAAGGAAAAAAUUUUACCUCGAGAUCUUAUAACAGUUCUAAGUCAUGUUACUCCUCAAGAAAUGUCCAACAUUUUGGGUUAUAAUGUAACAAUAAAAGCUGAACCUUAUGUAAAUACACUUGAAACCAAGAAUAAUUUGGCUGCAGCACUUCAAGAUCUCGACUGGCUUCCCCUUGUCAUGAUAAUUUUAUCUUUGAUGGUUUUCAUUUUUUGUUCACUUUUAACCUUAAUUGUUUGGCGCAAAAAUCGCAGGCUAUUAUCAUCAUCUUCCAACCAAUUAUCUUCAGGGGAACCAGCAAGAUCUGGAAACAUACGAUCCAAGGCUAGCCACAUGGUUAAACCAUUGAAAGCCAGUACCAAAGAAAAUUUGGUCAAUUGGAGGAAAGUUUCUGCUCCUGGGUCUAAAAGAUCAUUUCUUGGUAGUCAUGGAAGUAAUGUUGGACUAAACAUUUCAGGCGGUUGUUCAGCAACUUCUGGAACCAUUGAUUCUAAUCAUGAAUUUGAAUAUCUUUCCUUUGAUUCACCUGAAAGCUCGUUGAAACUGAGGACAGCGGAAUAUCGAUCUCGUCGUCCAUUCACUGCCUUUCCAAAUGGUUUAGGGUCUCAGUCUCGCCUUGAAUUGACUAAAGAAAAGGUUAUUCCAAUUGGUGAACUUGAUGAAAUUGCUGAAAUGUCUUCCAAUGAUUCUUCACAUGACCAUCAUCAUCAUCAUCCUUCCCAUCAAGUUCCUGGAUCCAGAGUAACCUAUGUUACCACUAAGGAAGAAAUGAUUGGCGAUUAUGAGAAUCCAUUGAUGAGAUCAGGCAUUGAUGAGGUUGAUUGCACGGUUCCUCAAUUAAUUCAAGUUCAUAUUUCCGAGCAAACCCAAAACAUCAUUCAAGCGAUUCGCAGUGAACUUAAAAAAUUUAAUCCUAUCACCGGUAAUGUGCAAAGUCAAUCACAAUCAUCAACAGCUCAUUUUAAAGAACCAUCGACAACUAGCGAUGCUUAAUUUUUUCCCUUCAUCAUUUCAUUAAACUCACAUCAAAUCAAAAAUUGUAAAGGGGAAAACAUCUCAUGACAUUUCCAUCUUCAUUUUCCCCUGUUGAAUUGGUUAAACCAAAUUACUUUUGCAAUUGGUUACAUUUGUUGAACUUUUUUUAUUUUACAUACAAAGACCCUUUACAGCAUGUUCACAUGAUUACCUUAAUGUUAAUCGAGAAGACAUUCUGAUUGUCACACUAAAUUGUUAAUUUUUUUCUAUUGAUUGGUAUUCAAUCAAUAAACAAAUAUAAAUACA